AUGGAAGCCCCAGUUGCCACACGGUCACAGAAAUCUUCGACCCGAAGUAAACAGGGACGUUCCAGACCGCCUUUAUGUCCAUAUUGUCAGCGGUCCUUCUCACGUCUCGAGCACUUGCAGCGACACAUCAGAAGCCAUACUAAUGAUAAGCCAUUUUCGUGUGAAAUAUGCUCAAGAUCCUUUGGUAGAAAUGAUUUGGUGAUUCGUCAUAAGAGACUUGUGCACGCAACACAGUCUCAUCAAGAACGGGAGCAGUAUGAGACUGGAGGCCACCCGAGACAUAUUUCAUCAGAAAGUGUCCUGAUCCCAGAUGGGAAUACAAGAACUUCUGCCAGUAACCAGCCUCUGGCCCCUUGGACAAAUGGAACCUACGCGACGCCCAACAGCGCGCUAGAAGAAACUCUGAAUGAGCCCGCAUCUCUCCCAUUGAUGAUCCAAGGGGGGGAUCCAAUGCAAGACUUUGCCACUUUCUUGGAAAGUAUUGGGCUAUCUGAACAAUGGGAAUCUGAAGGGCUUCCAUCCAUUGAGCAAUGGAUUUUCCCAACCGAUUCUGCGGUCGCUCCCCAAGCCGGGCUAAAGGAUGCAGUGGCGAACGAGUUCGAUUCAGAAGACCACUCUCUGCAAAGCCAUGCUGCCGAGGAAGCGCUAUUCUCCAACUUUGGGUCUCGCUUACCUUCUCUGCAGCCUGACGGAAGUGAGGCCGAAAACCGGCUUCAGAGUUCAGCGGACACAAUCAGACUUCACUCAAUACACAACAUAAGCGAGUCGCAGUAUCGUUCUUUUUUGAACACCAUUGACGGCUUUCACCGAGUUCUACCCAAGGGGUUCACACCUCCGUCUAAAUAUGCCUUGUCUCGAUUCCUUCAUGGUUUCAUUGAUGGUUUGAAUGAACAUCUUCCGUUCAUACACUCUCCGACGUUACACAUAGAAAGCUGUAACCCGGCUCUUGUUCUGGCGAUUGCUGCCUGUGGCUCGCAAUAUCGUUUCGAAACUAGUCAAGGGGUGCAUCUGUUUCAUGCAGCACGAGCCAUUGUUUCGGAGACCAUGAAACAAAAAGGCUACGGAAUACAGGCUGGCUAUACAACAAAUUCAGCACAGUGUAACUCUCCUGCACCUACUUUCUUGUCAAACUUUCCAGCUGGCGCUGCCGGUGAGGAUAAUCUUGACGAGACAGUGGAAAUAAUCCAGACUCUUCUGUUGCUUAUUAUUUAUGCAACUUGGGGAAACAACGGGACAAUAGCGCAAGAACUCGGAUUCUUGGAUAAUACUCUCGCGUCCUUGGUUCGCGCGCACGGCCUCGUCGAACCAGCUCAAAGUUUUGACCUGAUGGAUGGUUCAAAUGACGUGAAUUGGCAUACAUGGGUCAGCAGGGAGCUCAAUAGGCGCACCAAAUUUAUUGCCUACUGCUUUCUUAACCUUCACUGCCUAAUGUAUAACACGCCUCCAUUGCUCUUAAAUGCUGAUCUUGGGCUUGAUAUGCCUUGCUCUAACGCCCUCUGGUCGGCACAAGAUGCGAAUGAAUGGCGAUUGGCAUACGAGUCAGUGGGGAAGAGACCCAAUGUCCCUUUCCAGAGGUCGUUUGCUUCCCUUUUUAGUAAGGGAGAAGCUUCGGUCACUGACGAGACACCAUCAACUGCUCUUGGGAAUCAUAUUCUCUUACAUGCUUUAUUCCAGCAGCUUUACUUCGCCCGUCAGUUGUGUCUGUUUCCAUUAGAUCAUGAUCAUCAGGCACGCGACAUAACAGGAUUGGACGCAGUCCUUCGCACCUGGAAAUCUCGCUGGAAAGACACCCCAGAGUCGAGUACCGACCCGCGUAAUCCAGCUGGACCAAUCGCAUUCACUUCGGCCGCCCUGCUCGGUCAGAUUUAUGUGCGCAUACAAGUUGAUCUGGGACCCCAUCGCGCUUUGAUGACAAGAGAUCCUUCAACUAUUGCCCAAGCGCUGGUUAAUGCACCGCAGACUAUUGUACGAGGCCCGGGGCUCAUUACCGCACUUCUCCAUGCGGUUCACGCCCUAUCCAUUCCCGUACAGCUCGGUAUUGACUUUGUAGCGAGGACUCAUUCAUUUUAUUGGAGCGUACAACACUGUUUGGCCGCUGUAGAGUAUGCUCAUCUGCUGACAAGGUGGCUCUUGGCUCUUCCAGGACCAACAGAGCCGUCUCAGCAUGAAAGAAUGCUGUUUUUGUGGAUCACACGAUUAUUGGACGAAACUGAACAUGGUAUAAGAGUUCCCAUGGAAAAUCGGUUGAACUUGAUACAGAAUCUUGACACCGGAAGGCAAUUGAGUAUCUCCAUCAUCCGGGUUUGGGCUAGGAUCUUUAAUGGCAAUACAUCGUGGGAAAUCGUCGAUGUCGUCAGUGCGAGCUUGAAAGCAUAUGCUGAUCUGUUGGAACAAAGCUGGAGCUGA